GAUGAAAAGAGAGAGGCAAGUAAAUUUUUUUUAAGCCAGGAAUUUUAUUUUUCUCCAAAAUGCUCACAUAAGACACUGGAAAUGGUGAAUUAACUGGUGUCAAAAUGUUAAAAUUCUUAUGCAGGUCCAGAUUGUGUAUCUGGGUUCACUUCCAAAGGCAGAAUACUCACCAUCAUCUCACCACUUCAGUAUGCUACAAGAAGUUGUUGAGAGCAGUUCUGUAGAAAACUCCUUGAUUAGGAGCUACAAAAGAAGUUUUAAUGGAUUUGCUGCCAACCUUACAGCUAAUGAGAGACAGAAGUUGGCUAGGAUGAAAGAAGUAGUGUCUAUUUUUCCUAGCGCAACUCUCAAACUUCACACUACAAAAUCAUGGGAUUUCAUGGGUUUCAAUGGAACAAUUAGCAGAGAAAAUACCGCUGAGAGCGAUGUUAUAAUUGGUGUUAUGGACACUGGAAUCUGGCCUGAAUCAGAGAGUUUUAACGACAAAGGUUUUGGUCCUGCUCCAAAGAAAUGGAAGGGUGCUUGUGAAGGAGGCGAAAAUUUUACUUGCAAUAACAAAGUUGUUGGAGCUAGACACUAUGCCUUGUCAGCGCCUGGAUCUGGGUCUGCAAGGGAUGAAAAUGGCCACGGCUCACAUACUGCCUCAACAGCUGCAGGGAACAUAGUAAAGAAUGUUAGUUUCUAUGGACUUGCAGAAGGAACAGCAAGAGGAGGGGUUCCCUCAGCGAGGAUUGCUGUGUAUAAGGUCUGUGAGCCGGAUGGAGGCUGUGAUACAACAAAUAUCUUGGCUGCAUUUGAUGAUGCUAUUGCUGAUGGAGUUGACAUUAUAACAAUAUCACUUGGAUCUGAUGGAGCAACUGACUUUGAUACUGAUGUUAUUGCAAUUGGAUCUUUUCAUGCAAUGAAGAAAGGGAUAGUUACAUUACAAUCUGCAGGAAAUUCGGGUUGUGUAGAUGGAUCGGUGUCGAGCACAGCUCCAUGGAUACUUACUGUGGGAGCAAGCAGCACUGAUCGCAAAAUCAUUGAUGAAGUUAUUCUUGGAAAUGGAUCUGCUCUAAUUGGGGCUUCUAUCAACUCUUUCACAUUGAAUGGAACAAUGUUAUCUCUGGUCUAUGGAAAAGAUGUUUCGCAUCGGUGCUCCGAAUUUGACUCCCAGUCUUGUAGAGUAGGGUGUUUAGAUGAAAACUUGGUGAAGGGAAAGAUAGUGCUAUGUGGUCUUUUUGAGGGAAUUGCUGAGGCUUAUAAAGCUGGUGCUUUGGGUGCAGUUGUGCUAAAUACCCAAUUGGAUGAUGUUCCAUUUGUUGUCCCAUUGCCUGCAUCAGCUGUUACACUUUCGGACAUGUUCAUGUUGGAGGACUAUGUGAAUUUCACCAAAAAUCCUACAGUGAACAUACUCAAAAGUCGAGCCAUCCGAGAUUUUAAUGCUCCUGUAGUUGCUUCCUUCUCUGCAUGCGGUCCCAAUCAAAUUCUGGCAGAGAUCAUGAAGCCAGAUGUAGUUGCGCCAGGGAUCAAUAUCUUGGCUGCAUUUUCACCUAUUGCUUCACCUUCAAAUGGACCUCUAGACAGAAGGCAAGUUCAAUACAACUUUUUAUCUGGUACUUCCAUGUCCUGUCCCCAUGCUGCUGGUGUAGCUGCCUAUGUUAAAUCAAUUCACCCUCAAUGGUCUCCUUCAGCCAUCAAAUCUGCCAUUAUGACCACCGCUUGGCCUAUGAAUGGAAAAGGUCAACGACAAGAAUUUUCAUAUGGAUCGGGACAUAUCAAUCCAAUAAAAGCUGCUGAUCCUGGACUUGUAUUUGAUGCUGAUAAGGAAGAUUAUAUCAAAUUGUUAUGUGGAGCAGGCUUUGACUCCGAUGCCCUUGAAGUUAUCACAGGAGAAAGCAUUACUUGUGCUACUGGGGUUGACAAACUCCUGCCAUUUGAUUUCAAUUACCCUGCAAUUACCUUUCGAGUGUCGCCAAUGGUAGCCCUGAGCUUCAAGUUCCACAGAACAGUAACAAAUGUUGGCGAAGCAAAGUCCGUUUACAAGGCAAAGAUCAUAACAAAUAACAAUAUGACAGUUCAAGUCCAACCUGAAGUUCUUUCGUUCAAGUCGUUAAAUGAGAAGAAAUCUUUUGUUGUUAGUGUUGAAGCACAAGGCAUACCGGAUUCAAACAUAGUAACUACUUCACUUGUCUGGUCUGAUGCUACUCACAAUGUGCGAAUUCCAAUUAUUUUACUUUCUUUACGUACUGACUGAUGUCUGAA